AUGCUGACUGACCGACUGUGGACUGAUGACUUGGACGCGACUUGCGAGACCAUCAUCGCGAAAAGAGACGACGACGACACACCUGAUCAAGAGACGGAGGCAAGAGAGCCAGAGCAGGAGCAAGAAGUCAUUGCGAAGGAAGGAGACAAGGAGGACGAGGAGCACACAUCUGGAGACCCCUCUCCAUCUUCAAUUGUCGAACCUACAGAUUCUGGAUCUGACCAAGAACCUACGCCAACAACCAUUGCAGGUGAAUCAGAGCCUGCCCCCACGCCUUCUGAUGAAGAAGAUAAAGGCGGGGACAAGGUUGAGAGCGGACUUGAGGGAGAGCUUAUUCCUGCUGCUACUCCCGAUGACGCCGCAACCACCACUACUGAAGAACCAGAGGCCACAACUUCAACAAAUGCCUCAGAAGCAACAACAACUGAUUCGGCCCUGGACCCCACCGACCCCGUUGUCGCCAUCACCUCCACCUCGACAACCACCAUCGCUUCUCAGAACCGCCCAUCAGGACAGACGAAUUCUACAGUGACCAAGGGCUCAAAGGACGAGGAAGGCGGACCGACGACGCUCCCUGGACACAAGGAGGAGACUCACAGCAACACAGCGGCUCUGACAGUCGGAGCCAUUGUUGCGGCGGUCGUCAUUGCCUCUGUCAUUGGUGUCUGGAUUUUCCGCAAGUGGAAGCUCUCUCCAUCACGGCACUUCAAGAACAAGAUCACAGGAGUAUCUACAAAAGGAGGAGCAGCAGCGCCAGCAGUCGUCUACGGCUCCGGCAAAGGCCACGACGACCAUUCAGAGUACAACAGCUACGACGAGAUCAUGCGUCCCGAAGCUUACGAUACCGUACCCCCAUCUCCCAUGACCUCUGUGACGAUGGCCGCACCUGCAUAUCCUGUUGCUGUUGCCGGCUCGGAAUACGAAUACGGUUAUGCGCACUAUGAACAAAUGCAACAGCAACAAACUAUGGGUGGAGACGCCAACUACCAAUCCUACCAGUACGGAUACAACUCGGGAGCUGUUCCAGCAAUGUCGGAAGCUUCGGCAAUGAGGGCCUCUGUUACGUCAAUCCCGAACCCGAAUGUGAUUGGAGGUGUCCCUGCCGUGGGGCACAAUAUCCAUGGCUAUGGAUCGGAGGAUUAUACCCGGAACGACCACUUCCUGCGGGAGUUGCGAGAGUAA